AACGUCACAUCCGGUUCGCGCUGAGGGGGAAAACAAACCGGCUUCUACAAUGCCCAGGAGCUGCUGUGUGCCCUUUUGUACAACUAACAAGCUUACAAAUCCAAAUCUAAUAUUUUAUAUUUUACCCAACGGGAGCACAGAGCCCAGGAGAAGAACCCGGUGGCUUCAAGCGAUCCGUCGGGAGGAUGAGUUUGGCCACCUGUGGGAUCCAAAAUCCAAACAUGUGUACGUCUGUAGUCAGCACUUCAUUACAGGCUUAAAAAACGAGGACAUAGCCCACCCAGACUACACACCCUCGCUGUUCCCACAUAAAAAGACAAAGUCUCCCAGGUCAGUACUUCAGAGGCUGGAGAGAAGGAGGAAGCGUGAGGGUGUUCAGUCUGCCCAACCAGAAUCCCCAACAUCAGAGGGCCCAGCACCAGAAGCCCCGGCACCAGAAUCCCCAACAUCAGAAGCUCCCAUACCUCUUCAGGAGUUAGAGAGUAAACAACUUUAUGAAGAAUUGUAUAAUUUAAGAAGAGAAAGAGAUGAGGCCAUGAAGGAGCGAGCUGAAGCCAUCAGAGAAUUGGAGACGUUGAACAUUUCGGUAAACACUGUGAGAGAAAAUGACACUAAAUGUAGAGUCAUGACAGGCCUGUCAUGGACAGUAUUUGACACUCUUCAUCAGUACCUGGUACAGUUUGUUAAGUCACAGAAAACAUCCAAGAUGUCAACACAAGACCAGCUCUUUAUUACUCUGGUGAAACUACGGCAGAACCCCUCAACCGAUAUGAUGUGUGGAAUAUUUGACCUGGCACAUAGCACUUUCCUGGAUGUAUUCUCCCGAUGGUUGGAUUUGAUGUACGCCAACAUUUCACCUACUCAAAAUACAAAAACUGGACAACAGUGAAGUAUUUCAUUGCAUGUCACCCAUCUGGCUCAAUCACAUAUCUCUCCAAAGGCUGGGGAGGGAGGGCUUCAGAUGUGCAUAUUGUAAGGAACUCAGACUUCUUAUCUCAGAAGUUCCACCAUGCAGGAGAUCAGAUUUUAGCCGACAGGGGCUUCACUUUGAAGGAUGACUUUGCUGUUCUGGGUGCACAGCUCAUCACACCGUCUUUCACGAGGGGCCGAAAACAACUGUCAGCCGAAGAUGUUGCAAAUUCUCGUGUGACUUCGAACAUCAGAAUUCACAUUGUACUCUGACAACAUGAGGACUCUGAGUGCAUUCCAGUUCUCCUUCUAUCAGCGCCGUCUCUGGGCCGCCGUAGCGGUUCACAUCCACUUCAGGGACAAAUGCCCAACGAUACCUGUCCAGGGAACAGAUAGUUACACAGAAAAGUAGACUAACAUUGGUAGCAGAGGAUGGUUAGCAGAAGAUGGCUACUGCUAACUACAAAGUUCCACCGAAGUUCGACGAAUCCCGACCAUACGAGUGUUGGAAAAAUGAAAUCGCCAUUUGGAAGCUGGUUACUGAACUUGAUAAGAAGAAACAAGCCCUCGCCGUUGUCCUGGGGCUGGAAGGAAGGGCAAGGGACAUCGCCAUGGAAAUACCCGCUUUGGAUUUGAACAACAACAAUGGUAUGGACACACUGCUAGCAAAACUAGAUGGCAUGUUUCUCAAAGAAGAGAGAGACCGCGCAUACGAUGCUUACUCUUUUUUUAUCAAAAAGGAGAGCUCCGUGUCCAUGGCGGACUAUGUGAUUGACUUUGAACAGCGAUACAACCGAAUGAAAAAGUACGACAUGACUCUUCCUGACGCCGUGCUAGCUUUUAAACUUUUGGACACGGCUUGAUACGAGAAAAAUAGACAAAUGGCGCUGACUGCGUGUACAGAUUUAACGUUUGCUGCAAUGAAGUCUGCGCUGAAGAGGAUCUUUGGGGGGAGAGUGCAAGGCGGCACAUCAAACGGAAUACACGUUAACGAUGAAGCGUUAUUCACAGAGCAACACUCACAAGGAAGAUUCAGACGUCCAACAACGCAGCAGUUUGGACAAGUUGGACAACAAAGGCAACCGUCACAGGGUACAUGUACCCAGUCUAUGGUACCAACCCACUGGAUAGGUUCGGUAAGAGAUCAAAAUGUGCUAUAUGUCAGAGCACGUUCCAUUGGGCUAAAGACUGUCCUCACAAGAGUAGCGAACAAGUAAAGCUAACUGAAGAUCGAACAAAGGUAGAGGAAUGUGACAUUACACUGUUUACUAAAGCCUCACUGUCUGAAUCAGAGGUAUUCCUAACUGAGUCUUUAGGGACGGCUAUCAUUGACACUGCAUGUGUCACCCGCACAGUGUGUGGAGAAAAAUGGUUGGACAGCUUCGUCGCUGAUCUCAGUCAAAGUCAAGUGAACCAGAUUGUGAAAAGUGAAACUCCAAGCUCCAGACCAUUCCGUUUUGGAGAUGGAAAUAUAGUGCAUUCCUCCAGAAUACUGAAACUGCCUGCCAAAAUAGGACAGACAAAAUGUCGAAUGGAAACUGAAGUAGUCAAAGCUGAUAUCCCACUACUUCGGAGUAAGACUUCACUGAAAAGGGCAGGAACCAUCUUGGACAUGGAGAAUGAUAGAGCUGUGAUGUUUAAACAGCAUAUCCCUCUUGAACUCACCAGUUCAGGACACUACUGUAUAGAUAUCAGAGACAAGGACACAGGAAUGAAUCAAAUUGAAAUUAAAGAUGUGGUCAGAAUGAAGAUGAGGUCCUUAGUCACAGAAAAUAUGACCUCAAAUGAGAAACACAAAGCUCUCCUGAAACUACACAAACAGUUUGGUCACGCCUCCGCAGAAAGACUACAGCGACUCCUCCGCAGUUCGGGAAAUAAAGACAAAGAUUGUGACACUAUUUUACAACAAAUAGUACAGGAAUGUGACAUAUGCCAGAGAUACAGCAAGACCAAGCCGAAGCCUGCUGUGGGCUUGCCUCUGGCUUCAGAGUACAAUGAAACGGUGGCAGUGGACCUGCACGAGUUGGAACCAAGUUUAUGGUACCUCCACAUCAUUGACCAAUUUACACGUUUCAGAGCUGGAAGCAUUGUGAAAACAAAGAACUCCUCUGUGAUGGUGAACUCUUUCCUUCAUACAUGGAUCAGCGUCCACGGCCCACCACGGAGACUUUACAGUGACAAUGGAGGAUAAUUCAACAAUGCAGAGUUCCGUGACAUAGCAGAGAACUUUAACAUUGAGACAAAAACCACGGCAGGAUACAGCCCCUGGAGCAAUGGGCUACUGGAGAGACACAAUCAGACCCUCACCGACAUCAUCCAGAAGGUCAGACGGGAAAAUGGAUGUGACUGGCAAACAGCCCUAGACUGGGCUCUCAUGGCUAAGAACAGUAUGCGCAAUGUGCACGGCUACAGUCCUCAUCAACUGGUGUUUGGCCAGAACCCCAACCUUCCUUCUGUACUGGUUGAUAAACCACCUGCGCUAGAAGGUACCACUAUGAGUGCUAGAGUAGGAGAGCACAUUUCAGCCUUGCAUGCCUCUAGAAAAGCAUUUACUGAAGCAGAGUGCUCAGAAAGGAUAAGACGAGCACUACGUAAGCAGCUCAGACCCACAGAUGAGAAAUAUGAGAUGGGUGACAAGGUGUAUUACAAACGAGCUGAAUGCACUGAGUGGAAAGGACCAGGGAUAGUUAUUGGUCAGGAUGGGGCUGUUGUUUUUGUGAGGCAUGGUGGUUGCCUAGUGAGAGUGCAUCACUCUAGGCUUUCCAAGGUGAACACAAAGGUUAAUGAAGAGCAAAUGGUACAAAAUGAUGCUGACACAGAAGCAGGAAGUGAGCAAGGUAUAAACAAUGCAACUGGUAGUUUAGACAGUGAGCAAAAUACAGAGAAUGAACAACAAUUCGGUGACAGGGAAGCCAAUACAAGUGAAGCGAUCGAUCCUCCAAACACUUUGAGUAGCGUAACACAAACUGAAAUGGCGCAUAGGCCUAAUGCCCAUAAUAAUCCUGCCCCUUCUGCAGGUGUGAGUUUAAAAACAGGACAGACUGUAACAUAUAUGAACAGAGGUGACAAUACUCUACUUAAAGCAAGAGUCUUAGGGAGAUCAGGCAAGGCUACAGGGAAAUAUAAAACCUGGUAUAACAUGCAACAUCUAGAGAAUGAUGGUAGUGAUGGGCAAAAGGAAUCAAUUGAUAUCUCACAGGUUGAUAAUCUCAACAUUGAAACAGAAGACAGAGAAGCUGAUGUACUUGUAACCAAAGACAUCUCAUUUGAUACAGCUAAACAGGAAGAAAUAAAGAACUGGCACAAUAAUAAUGUAUUUAGGAAGUUGAAGAUGCAGGGCAGAAAUGCAUUUCCACCAGAUGGGUUUGUAGUCUUAAAGACACUCCCAAGGGUAUAGUGCCUAAAGCCCGACUGGUUGCCAGAGGUUUUGAAGAGCUGAAUAUUCAAGAGUUACCGAAAGAAAGAUUCCCCCACAGAUUCACUUAGACUUAUGUUAUCAGUGAUAUGUCAAAACCAGUGGGAAGUCCAUUCUAUGGACAUCAAAUCUGCAUUCUUGCAGGGUAUGGAGCUAUCCAGGGAUAUUUAUAUCCGCCCCCCUCUAGAGGCAGGAUGUCAACAUGUUGUAUGGAAACUAAAGAAAUGUGUAUAUGGUCUUGCAGAUGCAUCACUAUAUUGGUACAACAAAGUGAAGGAAAUCAUGCUGAGUAUUGGUGGUAGAGUGUCACAGGUGGAUCCGGCAGUCUUUUACUGGUUGGAUGAGCAAUGUAAGGUCACUGGGGUGCUUGCGUGUCAUGUAGAUGAUUUUCUUUGGGCAGGCUCAUCAAACUUUUCAUCCAAUGUGAUCCCCCAACUGCAGUCUGCAUUCAAGGUUGGGCGUGAGGAGCAUGAAAAGUUCUCCUAUGUAGGAAUGGAUUUGGUAACUGUUAACGGUGAAGUUCAGGUACAUCAACAAAGUUAUAUCGAGAACCUGGAGCCUAUUCCCAUACAAGCAAGUCGGGCCACACAGAGAAAUGAACCCCUCAACGAAACAGAGAGAGCAGUUACGAUCAAAAAUAGGACAGAUCCUAUGGGUUGCUAAACAGACAAGACCUGAUGUAAUGUUUGAUUCAUGUUGUUUGGCUUCUAAUAUAAAAGGGGCAACAGUACAGUCUGUUCAUGAUGCUAAUAAGAUAAUCCGUAAGCUAAAGUCUGAAAAGGUGACACUCAUAUUUCAACAUCUGGGAAACAGUGAUGCUUUGAACUUGAUAGUUUUCAGUGAUGCUUCAUUUGGAAACCUCCCAGACGGAGGUACACAGGGAGGUAUUUUUAUAACACUUAUGGGAGAAGAGGGAAGUUUUCCCCCCUCUGUUGGCAUUCAAAGAAAAUCAGACGAGUGGUUCGCAGUACCCUUGCAGGGGAAACUCUUGCCAUGUCAGAUGGGGUAGACAAUUCUAGUGUGGCUAGAAAAACUAGCCACACUAUUUUCUGAGCUCACUACUGGAAAUGCUGGACUGAAUAAACCCCCUGUACUCUGUGUGACUGAUAACCACUCUCUGUUCGAUGCGCUCAAGUCCACAAAACAAGUCACAGAGAAGAGACUCAGGUUGGAAAUCAGUAGCAUUAAGGAGCUCAUACAGAGCAAGAGGAUCAAGCAGGUGCGUUGGUCAGACACAAAAUCUCAGCUCGCUGACUGUCACAAAAAAAGGAGCUUCGGUUCUUGUGCUCUUAAAAGCACUCAGUGAAGGACAAUGGGAUCUGGGUUAAAGUGUCUGUUGAAAUGGAACAUUGAAAACACCUUUGUUUAUGUAUUUGUUUCUUAAAUGUUUCCCUAAUUUAUGUUGACUACUCAGGGAAUUUUAAAUGUUUUGUUUUAAGUCACUGUAUGAUUGUUUUAUGAUUCAUGCAAUGUAAAGUUGUUUUUGUUUUGUUUAUUUCUUUAAAAAGAUAGAAUGAGAUUGUUAACAUGUAAUCUCUUUGCGCCUAUACUACUGGCCUUACGGUAGUCUAGGUUGCCCUCUUGAGACUGAAACGCAUGCGCAGUUAGUCUGUGUCGACCUGGAGCAUGAGGUCCACUGUUCGUUAAUGGCUCUGUAUUGGUGUUAUGCACGUUGAUUGAAUAAACCAAGUUAACAGAAGAUAAACGUCGUGUUUAUUUGUAGUAGACUAACAGUUAAUCUCAUUUGGACACAUACGGUGUUCUUAAUAGUACUCAGGUCAUCAAAAAUGUCUCUUCAAUUUGAAUUAAAACACCAAAUCCAGAAAAACAUUUUGAAAACUUUUGAAAGGUUUAACUCUCGUCUCUUUUUUAUGAACUGCUAUUUUUAACAUUCUUCAUUAACUCUCCAUCCCUAAAUAUCUGUUCUCUGACAUAUCUGUAGCAAUGCUUCUCCAUUAUCGCCAUUUUAUGAUCUAGGAGGUGUAAAGAGUAACAAAUUCCCUUUAUCUUUACCGCACCACACACAUUCCCUACAGGCUGUACUUACUCAUCAGAUCUUUAAACAUGGUCUUCUCAUGAGUCAGCAGAUGGUCAGUAAUGGAUUUCCAACUUUAGAGAAAACAAGGAGGAAGACAUUAGACAUAGGUAAUCCCCAAUUCAUUCAUGUAAUACAAUUAAAUAAAUUUUAGACUAAUGACGUUUCAUAUUUACUUGAAAUUAGUAAUUUAGCAUUCCAACACAUCACAAAAAAUUCACCUUAAGAAAUCUUACUUGUCCAAAAACAAAAUAACCAACUAAUAGGCUAAGAGAGGGCAGCGGGUAAAUAAGAUGUUAACCUGGGAGCACAGGAAGCGUCCAUGGUGAAG